GAUGUGUGUCUGAGGGAAUGUGUAAUGAUGGCAGUGGAGAAAAUCCCUUGGGACACUACAAAAUCCGUUUGUUCCGCCAAACAAUCCUCCCUUUCCCAUUCUUUUUCCUUACCCAUGAGCUGCACACCACAUGGGACCACGAUCUCUCUCUCUCUCUCUCUCUCUCUCUCUCUCUCUCUCUCUCUCUCUCGUAUUUGAGCAAGCACAUCAACAAGGACUCGCGUCGUCUCCUGCUCCUUGUCAUCUUACUCUGUGCUUCAACGAUUCCUUUGAAGGAGAAAAUGUUGGGUAACAUUGAGAAGACACUACCCAUCUCUUCAACUUCUAACCAAAACCAAUGGUCACAGAAUCACAUGACCAUAGAUGAGAACAAGGGCGGCUUGAUGGAGAAACCCGCAGUGCAGCAACCCCUCAAUUGUCCUCGCUGCGAUUCUUCCAACACCAAGUUUUGCUACUACAACAACUACAGCUUGUCUCAGCCAAGGCACUUCUGCAAAGCUUGUAAGCGGUACUGGACCAGGGGGGGCACCCUCAGGAACGUGCCAGUGGGCGGUGGGUGCAGGAAGAGCAAGCGUGUAAAGCGGCCAGCUGCUGCUUCCUCCGCCCUGGACGCGCCUCCAUCAGCUUCCACUGCUGCAGUUUGCAAUUUAAGCAAUAUCACUCAAACCCAGAUGGAUAUUUCUGCUGCAGCCUCAAGCACUCAUGUAACUAAUCAUCAGCCUUUGUUCUAUGGAUUACCCAGUGAAAGUAUUAAUCAUUCUGAGAUGAAUCUUCUUUUUCACCCAAGGUUCAAUUCUGGGUAUGACCAGCAUGAUCUCCAGCUCCAAUUCAGUGGUCUUGGGUCGCUAGAGUUUCCAACUGGGCUCUUGGGUAGUAGUGAUCAGUACCGAAAUGGGUUUAGAAAUAAUUCGAGUAAGCAAAUCAGUGAUGGGGUUGCUUCAAAUAAUUCGAUUCUUUCUUCCUACUCCAUCUUUGGAUCUAAUUCAUCUUUUACUUCUUCUACUACUACUACAACUACUACUACUACGCCAGCAAUGGCUACUUUGAUUGCUUCUACCCUACAGCACCAAAAAUUUUUCAGCAAUGCGAAGGAAACUCGAGCGGAUCAUAACCAUUUUCAGGGUUUAGUACUGCCCUUUGAAGGCCUGCAGGCGGCCGGGAGCUGCAGCGAAGCCGGGAUUUCGUUGAAGGAAGUGAAACUGGAAGAAGGGCAAAACAGGUUUGAGUGGAAUAAUAUUAACCCUAAUAUUCAGAAUCAAAUGGAGCAACUUGGGUCAUCUGAUCCUUCUCUUUACUGGAAUGCUGCAACUGUUGGUGCUUGGCCUGAUCUCACCAACAUGGGUUAAUUUUUUUUUUUCACCUCCGUCUUUUUCUUUUUCAAUCAUCAUCUUGGUCUUUCGUAGCUAUAGUUAGAUUUGUGCUGAUUAUUUCUGCUUGUAGUGGAUUAAUUAUGGCUGCAGCCAAUUAAAGUGGGGAUAAGAGUCCUAAAAAAUAAACUAAAUGGAAAGAAAAAAAAAAGAGACAAAGGCAAAUCUAUCGAAGCGAGCAUGGGAGAAGAUUGGAUCGGAGCGAUCAUGUCAGCUGCAAAACAUAUUCAUCGGCCUGUUAUUUUUAUGAUCAAGGGUUGAGAAGCUUAUUUGCUCUGAGAGGAACCUCGGAUCCUCUUCUUCUCAUCGAUCACCUCAGGUAUCAUCAUUCUCUACAUGGCUAGGGUUGAAAGUACUGGGUUUAUUUUCUUUGGAGAAAUUAAGGAUCCUAAGGUGCAAGUUCCUAUAUAUAGUGUAGUAGGUUUCGGUUUUCUACCGUAUGUAUAUAUAUCAAUGACAUUUUCUUUUCUUUUGUAAUGUAUUUGUCUUUAGAUUUGGGAGUGUAUGGGGGAAAUACAUGUUGCAAUGGGUCCUCAAAGAAUCAUUUGAGGAAGCUAAUAGCUUUUCUUAUAAAAGAAUUUAAACCUUUUCUCUGACA